CUGUACUCCAUCAGAACUGGAGCUGUUAGCAAACAAACUGAAAUUCUCCUCAGGAAACAACGACUGGCAAAAGAAUGAAGCUGUCUUUAACCCUCCUGUUUCUCCAGCUGUGGGAGAACGUGGAACUCUCUUCGUCACAGAAUGCAUGUUCAAAGCUCCCUGAUGUUCCACAUGCUCAUGUGUCAGAAGAAACCAAAAAAGCUGAGUACCAAGAAGGAGACGUGAUACAUUUCACCUGUGAAUCUGGUUAUAUAUCAGACCACACUUCAAAAUAUGUCUGCACAGGGGCAGGCUGGCUAGCAGUCCGUCGGGGAAUGUGCUACUCAUGUUCAGUGCUCCCAGAUGUUCCUCACGCCCAUGUGACAGAUGAAACCAGAAAAGCCGAAUAUCAAGAAGGAGACGUGAUCCAUUUUACUUGUGAACCUGGUUAUACGUCAGAGCUGACCAUCAAAUAUGUAUGUGCGAGUGAGGGUUGGCUGGCAGUCAGCCAGGGACUAUGUUACUACCCUUGUCAAGUUGGCAAGAUGCAUCCUCGUCUCUUUGUAGCUGGAUUACCACCACCAAAUGAAAGAAUAAAAACUGGACAUAAAUUACAGUUUCAGUGCAGCAAUGACUUGACACUAAAUGGGUCUGAAGAAAUUGAGUGUUUACAAACUGGACAGUGGAGUGCCCCCUUCCCAACAUGCUCUGUCAUUACUUGUGAAGUUGGUGUUCUGCAUCCUGAUCUUAUUGUAACUGGAAUACUAUCAGCAAGUGAACCUGUUCAAGUUGGACAUAAAUUACAGUUUGACUGCAGCGGUGAGCUUCAACUUGGUGGAUCUAAUGAAACAGAGUGUUUACCAACUGGACAGUGGAGUGCCCCCAUCCCAACCUGCUCUGAGAAAUGUAAAGUUUCAGGAAUACCAGGCAACAUAGUCGUCACCCCACCUUUAUCAGGCCAUCCUCUUCCAACGGGACACAAGUUAACAUUUCGUUGCCGUCAAAGCAGACAAUUUAUUCAAGGGAAUGCAACAGUUGUAUGUUUGGCAAAUGGACAGUGGAGUGAUUCGUUUCCAACAUGUGGAGCUCCCGUGGGUUGUGGGAAACCUCCACCUCUUGCAGAUGGAGACACCAAGGAAACUGUUGACUUCCAGUAUAAUCAUAAUGCAAGGGUUGAAUACAUCUGUCAGAAUGUUUACCAUAUGGAGGGUGGGCCGUUCAAGACCUGCAAAAAUGGUGAAUGGAUUGGACAGAUAAGAUGCCUCAAGCCCUGCAUUGUGGAUAAAGAUCUCAUGAGAAGACGCAAUAUUUAUUUCGCAUAUAGUGGUCAAGAAAAGCUGUAUGCAUCCCAUAAUGAUUUCCUCUCAUUCUCAUGUAUCUAUGGAAGAAGACCUGUCGGCACACUGGAAAUGCGUCAGCAGUGUAUUGAUGGUGAGAUAAACCUCCCCGCCUGCGGAUGAAGUGUUUUAACCAGUUGGAUGUGAUAAAUCUGAGCACACAAACAUGAUGACAUCCAACAUGAAGAGUAGGAGUAGUUAUGUAUUUUAGUUCUGUGCGCUCAUUUAAAUAAAAUCAUAUCUACACCCUCAGUCUUUUUUCAUCUUGAACAAAGUUUUAUAAGUAAUAGUUCUACCUGCAUUUGUUAAUGUGCUGAGAGGAGUGAAGACAAUUGAUGAAUUGCCUGUUACUCAUCUUAUGUCAAACUUUAUUUGACAAACAAAAUAAAUGUCCAUGAUACUAAGUC